CCUUAGUAAGACUUGAUAUCGUAGGUUCUUUGAUAGACCUGUGUGUGUGCUCCCAUCACGGUGGUUUACAGGGUGUCUACGAAACAAGGACUCACUGAAAUGUCGUCUUUCGUUCUCUUUGUAAUCGUCGUCUUGGAGGUCAGAGGUCACAAUAUUCAUACAGCAUUCUCAUGUGCCGACCUACCGGACGGCACUUACGCAGAUCCCGAUGUCUGCACGACCUAUCACCUCUGCCACUCCAGAAUCAACUACACCCUGCGAUGUCCUGAGGGACAGGUGUGGGACAGGUGGUUGCACCACUGCCGCCUAGCGGACAUUUCGAAAUGUUGCAGAGGUGACGGCUGUUUGGAGUCCGGGGAAGUAGUGGCUGAAGAGGUGGUUGCCGGACUGUCCAGAAGAGUGGAAAGUCUUGAAAGAGAAAACGAGAGACCGAAUCAGCUGAUGGAACAGGUGGCUGCUGAAAAUAUUCAACUGCGUAACGAGCUAGAGCUCCUGAAGGCGAAAGUUGACAGUCUAGACGGUAGACUGGUGCCGGGACUCGAUAUUCCCCUUCCUACCGCUGUGUUUGCGGUGAGGGUUGUGUCGGCAGGGUUUGAUGACUCGGCUGCUGAGGGGGGCUGUGCUGAAGUCUGGGUGGGCGGUCAUCAGCAAGCUCUCAAUCGCAGAGGGAUCAAUGUGGUGAUAGUGGAGGAGAUCUCUGGACAGACUGAGGAUUCCCAGCGCUUCGACACUUAUGGUGACCCCGAGGCAGGGGUCAAACUCAGGGACUACCUGCGCGCUGUGACGACGGGGCGAGUCGUGUUGAUAGCGGUUAAAGAUGAAGGAAGCAAGUACGCAGCCGAUGCUAUGGAGGAACUUCGAAAUGUGGGGACAACUUUGCCAACCAUGGGAUAUCGAGAGUCUUGGGCAAUAAUCGGCAAGAAGGGAAGUAAAACUUCGUGGUUUGUGGAGGACAGAAGACAGAGGUACCACGGACCGACAGUCGUCGAGGCACUCAUACCAGUAUCAGCAUAGCGAAGGGGAAUGCUGCAUCUCUGAGUGUACAAUAUUUCCCCAUGACUAUAACUAAGGAAUUUUAGUGGAUGGCUUGAACGCACGCCUUAACUUUAGAGUUUCUCUUGAUAGUUUCUCAUUCCCAUAUUAUGAUCACACUCAUUCACAGAACGUCACAACCGGUCUGGCUUGUUUUGGAUUUAACGGCGCUGUUUUGUCACGCACUGUCAACAUAUAACUGUUAGAAUACUACUUCUGUAUCAUCAUAUUGAUGGUGAGUAUUCUUGAUCAGGCAUUAGAAAUAAAGAACAAAACU